AUGGGAGCAUAUAAAUAUAUGCAAGAAUUGUAACGCAAGAAGCAGAGCGAUGUGCUUCGUUUCUUGUUGCGUAUCAGAUGCUGGCAGUAUCGCCAGAUGACCAAAAUGUACCGUGUACCCCGACCUUCCCGCCCCAACAAAGCCCGUCGUCUGGGAUACAAAGCCAAACAAGGUUUCGUAAUCUUCAGAAUCCGCGUACGUCGCGGUGGUCGUAAACGUCCAGUUCCCAAGGGUGCAACAUACGGAAAACCCAAAAGUCAUGGAAUUAACCAACUAAAGCCAACCAGAAAGUUGCAGUCGGUUUCAGAGGAACGAGUUGAUCGUCGUUGCGGCGGUCUUAGGGUUUUGAACAGCUACUGGGUUGCUCAGGACUCUUCUUAUAAAUAUUUCGAAGUCAUUUUUGUUGACCGAGCACAUAAGGCAAUUCAAAAUGACCCAAAGGUUAACUGGAUAGUUAAUGCCGUACAUAAACACCAUGAAUUACGCGGCAAAACAUCUGUUGGAAAGAGUUCUCGUGGCCUGGGUAAAGGUCACAGAUGUUCGCAAACCGUUGGUGGUUCGCGAAAGGCAGCUUGGUUACGCAGAAAUUCAUUAUCUCUGCGCAGAAAGCGUUAA